CUUUUUAUAUGCUGCAUUACUGUACUGUAGGUUUAGGUCCAGGAUAAUCAGUGUUGUAUUUUAAGAUGUUACUGAUGUUAUUUCAGAUGGACAAGAAUUUUGGUAGCCUGGAUGAUGAGUGGACACUUAUCCCUGAACAACACCAAAGAACAAUUUUGCACAUUGAUAUUGACUGUUUCUACGCACAGGUGGAAAUGGUGCGGAAUCCAAGUCUUCAUGGGAAGCCUGUUGGUAUCAAACAGAAAAAUAUCAUGAUCACAUGUAAUUAUAUCGCUAGAUCGCUGGGAGUAAAAAAAAGUAUGUUUGUUAGUGAGGCACUAAAGAUGUUACCAGAUUUGAUACUAGUUGAUGGCUCAGAUCUGACACAUUAUAGACAGUUUUCUACAGACAUAUCCAAAAUUGUACAUAAUUUUUCAACUUAUGUGGAACGAUUAGGACUUGAUGAAAAUUUUCUGGACAUCACGGAGAGAGUGAGUCAGUGUUUAGAUAAAUAUGGGAAAGAAGUAUGUGGAUGUUGGUAUGGAGAUAAAGAGGAAAACCAAAUGCCAAAAUAUGAUCCAUGUGGCUGUGGCUGCUAUGAACGAUUGAUUGUUGGCUCCCACAUUGCUAGAGAAGUGCGUGAGGCAAUUUACAAAAAAACAGGAAUAACUUGUUGUGCAGGCAUUGCACACAAUAAAUUGAUUGCAAAAAUAGUAUCAGGUUAUCACAAACCAAAUGAUCAGACCCUUAUUUUUCCAUGGCAGGUUUGUGAUCUUAUGAAUUCACUUAAGUCUGUAAGAUCUAUACCAGGAAUAGGAACUGUAACAAACAAAGGUCUCAAUGAAUUAGGCAUAUCACUGGUUCAGGAACUUCAAAGUGGCACAUUAAAAACUCUGAGAACGAAGUUUGACACUGAAAUGGCCAAGAAAUUAAGGGACUGGAGUUUUGGUAUUGAUGAGAGCCCAGUUUGUGGUACAGUUCUUCCUCAAAGUAUUGGUUUAGAAGAUGCAUUCAAGAUAGAAACCUCUUUUGAAAAAAUUAAAGUUAAAUAUAAAGUUUUGUUAGAAAGGCUUUUGAAACUUGUAGCCACUGACGGUCGGGAACCAUCUAUUUUGAAGGUUUCUGCUCGGAAGUUUGACUUGACCAAGAGGUAUGGUCAUCGAGAUACAAAGCAGGUUCCCCUGUCAUCUUCUUUCUUCUCCAAAGGUGUUGAAAAUAUUAGUGAAAGUGCAAAAUCAGCAAUGAUGGAGAUAAUUGUCAAAACAUUUAAGAAAUUGAUCAAUGUUAAUAAGCCUUUUCAACUUACAAUGGUUGGGCUUGCUAUGACCAAGUUUGUAAAUCAGGUGCCGAAUUCAAAGUCCAUAGUUCAGUUCUUUCAGAGCACCUCAGGUACCUUUCAGACAGGACAAGGUUACAGAAGUAAGGAACAAAAUUCUGAAAAAAUAAUCAAUUAUAGUGACUCGAAUGCAUCAGAAGCAUAUUCAGAAUUGAAAGAGCCAACAUCUGGAAACGUAGAUGACACAACAAACGAUAGAGAUUUUAAACAAAUGUCUUCUGUGCUAUUAGGAACUGGAAAAGAAAGUGAAGAUACCAGAAAACAGAUGAGAUCAUGUGCUAAGAUGAUAAACACAAAAACAAAAGAUAUACCCCAUUGUAAAGUUGCUACUGAGGACAGUGAUUAUUUAAUGAGAAUGAAAGAUGAUUCUUUUUCCCUACGUAGUGAUAUUGAUUUUGAAGUGUAUAAUGCUUUGCCUAAAGAACUCCAAGAUGAAAUUCUUUCAUCAUACAGAAAUUGUGAUGCCGGAACUAGUACAUUUUUCAGCACAGUAAAAGGUCAACGUAGUAAAAUCUCAGCCAAAUAGAAAAGUCUUCAAGUAUUGAGGGAUAUUUGGUACCAGUCAAGAAAAGUGUUACAGAGAAUGAAAGUUUUCAGAAAAAAGCAAGUAGUGACCAUAGCAUGAGAGACAGUGACCCAUCAUGUAGUUACAGUUCAAAUAAUCUACAUGUUAGGGAGAAAAACAUUUGUGUUCCUACUAAUGCUGAGAUAUGUGAGUCAGAUCCAGAAAGUGGUAUACAGGUCAGUGGUCAUUUACCAGAUGGUAUUGACUUUGGUGUGUUCAAAGAACUUCCUAGAGAGUUACAGAAAGAAAUAUUGGAGGCAGAAGGAGUGUACAAAAAGGCAGUAAGUCCAACAAAAUCAACUAAAUUGCUAAAGAAGAGAAAAAAUGUUCAAGGGUCAUCAAUUUUGAAAUAUUUAAAAAAAACUUAGUUAAAAAUGAACAGUGACUUAUGGCAUAGGGUUAAAUGUGAAAUGAUUGUUUGUUUAGAGGCUUCCUAAAGACCUAACCACUUACACCUGCAAUGCAUAGCCAAAACUUUUCUUUCAUCACAACCCGAUUUGUAUCAUUGGAAUUGACUGUAAAUUAUUAACUACCUGCAGCAUUGUUAUUGUUAGUUUCCCAAGGUGCUUGCCUGAGAAUAUAGUAUACAGUUAUGAG